UCGAAACCGCCGGACCACCGUCCACCGGAUGUGCCGCCGAGAAGGAAGCACGCGGCCAAAGCGACCGCCCCACAACCUGUGAUAGCGAGCGAAGACGAGGACCCGGUUCCGACGGCGACGAACAGUGAUCGGUUUGAGCUGCAGCUGGUGUCCGCUUUUCUCGAGAGCACCCCACCCCGGGGCAACAUCGUCGGCCCGCGCCAGUUGCAUUCUGUCGCUCGCGGUAAGUUAGCGUGAAAAAUCGGAACGCGGCACAAUGGGCCGUUGGCAAGUGGUUCUCGCGGUGGCUGCAGUUUGUUCCGUGGCGGCCCCGCCGGCUCCCGGGCCGGCCCAGUGCGUGGAAACGUCCGAAGGUUACUGUGUGGUGGAGAAUGUGAUCGCACCAUACGGACCGUUUCCGGCGAACGCAACCGCCAUCUGGAUUCGCAACAGCACCCUGCCGACGGUCGAUCGCGCCCUGUUCGCUGCCCUGCCCACGGCCGAGAGUCUGAUGAUACACCGGCUGCAGGUGGAGCACCUCUCGCUGGACGGUUGUCCCCGGCUGGAGAUCCUCUUCGCGAGCUACAACGCGAUCGAACGGAUCGACGCCGUCGAAGGGCUGCCCCUACGGCAGCUACAUCUGUACCAGAACCGGCUCAAGGACAUUGGUGGCGUGCGCCGGCUGACUGCUCUCGAGCAGCUGUAUCUGCACGAAAAUCUGCUCGAAUCGAUCGCCCUCGAGCAGCUGGCACCGCUCGGGCAGCUGAAAAUCCUGACGCUCCAGCGCAAUCGGUUGACCACGCUCGGCGCCCUUCGUGAUCCGCCCCUGGUGAUGCCCCACCUGGAGCAACUGUUCCUGCAGUUCAACCAACUGCCCCACCUGGACACCAGCCUGUGGCGGAUGGAACGGUUACGUGCGCUGGAUCUGAGCCACAAUCGGCUCGGCUUUUUGCUGACCUUCCUGGAGGAGCUACCGUCGCUGCGGACCCUGGAGCUUCACCACAACCCCUGGAACUGUGCCUGGCUCGCCGGAAUGCUGGACCGGGCCGCCGGUCGCCAGAUGGCACCGGGCGUGCGGGAAGAUGAAUCGCAGUGCGCGGCAGGACCACUGCUCGAUGGGCGGCUUUGCUGUGCCGAAAACGCCACCGCUCCGGAUCCGAUGCUACUGCUCGUGACCCGCACCGGGAUCGUCGAUGAGCUGCAGCAGCAAGUCCGGGGUGCCCGACACCAGAUCGAUGCGCUCGAGGAACGGGAACGCAAACAGGACGCCCUGUUCCGCGGGCUGACGAAACGGUUGGACCAGAUCGAGCAGCUUUGUGCGGCCAACCGGCCAGAAGCAUAAGUCCGGCGUAUGCCCUGUGUUGUGUGUUGUUGUACCGCAAUGAGUUUAUUGGAACAAAGACCUAACUGUAAACAUGCAUCGGAGAGGCCGGGUCAGCGUUCACGAAGCGGUACGCCGUGUCGACGAUCUUCUCCAUCGGCGCGAUCCGUUGCUCGAGGGCCCGGUUGCUCGUGUCCAGCUGCGUCACCAGGGUCCGGAGCUGCGCGGCCCGUUCGCCCAAGCUGCGCAGCCGGCUCUCGUGCUGGUCGGUCCGACCGGCGUACACCCGGAUAGCCUUGCGCAGCCGAUCGACGAGGGUCCGCGCCAGGUCGAUGCUUAUCCCGAACGACCGCUGGUGGAUCGCAUCGAUCGACGGUGUAGGCCUCGUGUGCCGCCGGUGCAGAUCCUCCGCCGACUGCUGCAGGUCCGCCAGCGACCGCUUCACGGUGUCCGCUAGGCGCCCCAACCGAUCCGCUUCCUCCUUGACCGCGGCCUUCAGGUGGACGAGUGAGCUCUCGAGCUCCGCUUGCACGGCGGUGGCCCGCUCAAACGGCUCCCGCAGCUGAUGCUGCCAGUCGGAGAUCCGGUCCUUGCCCGUGUUCGUCUCCGUCUCGAACGCGUACUGCAAGAGAUCGAAGCGCCGCUGCAACCCGCUCAGCUCGUCCCAGUGCGCCCCGAACACGUCGGUUGAGAAGUCGUGCUCGGCUGGCUCGAAGCAGCAGACACUCUGUAGGUUCCGCAUCGAAAGCCGCUCACAGCGGGCGGGCUCGUCACGAUCACUGACCGUGACUCGCUGCUGCUCCUCAAAGUAGAGCUGCGCCUUGCUGAGCCAAUCGCAGCUCCACUCGUUCCCGGCGUACGAAAUACGCUUCAGGGCAGCUCCGAGGUCCUGCAGCUCGCCCUCCAACAGGUAGAGGUUGUUCCCGGACAGAUCGAGCGUGGUGAGCGAAUCCAGGUGCCAACCGGUGAACUUGAGCGUCACCAGCCUGUUCCCCGCCAGCGACAGGUGCCGCAGCUUGAGCAGUAGCGCCCCGUUGCCCCCCGGCACAUCCCCCAGUUCCACACUGAGCAGCUGGUUUGCGGCCAGCGAAAGGCUGUGCAGUUCGGUCAGGUUGGCGAAAUCCGACAGAAGGACCCUCUGGAGCAGGUUCCCGUCCAACGAGAGCACCCGCAGACGUUGGAACUUCCCGUCGAACCGGGGCACGGCCUGCAGUCGGUUGUGGGUUAGCACCAGGGAGCUGAGCUGGUGGUCAACACCACCCGGCUCAAAGUCCACCGCCUCCAGACCGCUGCCGUUGACGGUGACGUGCCGCAGACCGCUCCAGAUCGUAACGUUCCGGAUGGCCAUCGCGCUGAGGGUGAGAUCCUGCACGGUGGGUAGUUUCCGGGCCAGUUCCAGCGAAAAGUGCGGUAUCUGGCCACCCUCCAUACUGAGCACCGGUUGGUCCGCGUCGAACGAAGCAUUCCGGACGGAUUCGUCCGUCAGAAGCUGAACAUCCUUCAGCACACACGCUCGAUCGGCCUUGGUGGUGGCCGGCUCACAGCCGUAGUGGACAGCCUGGACGGUGGCUAGGGCCAGAACCAACGCAACCACACUGCUGCUGACGAGAUGGAACGGAAGCGCCAAUCAGUACCCGUGACGUACCUACGUAAUGUGGUACCUACCAGAGC